CGCUUUCUCUCUCUGGGAUGCGCGCCGAGGACCCCCUUGGCGCUCGCCGUCCGGCCGGGGGUCUCCGGCCAGGCUUCCUGGGCUGCGCGCAGCUCCGCCGAGAGGAAUCGUGAAAGAAAAGAAGAAAGGGAGGCAUGCUGCCCUCUGCCCACUAAACGCCCAGACUGUCCUCCUUCCUGUCAAUGAGGCACCCAGGAAAGUAUUCAGCCGGACAAUGGAGCCUGCGGGGACCAAGAUGGCCUUGCUCAGCAACGUCCUGGCCGCCUAUUCCUUUGUCACAGAAAAUCCUGAGCGAGCUGCUUUGUAUUUUGUGUCUGGCAUUUGUGCAGGCCUUCUCCUGACCUUGCUGGUUUUAGUACUCCGAAUCUCCUGUCAAACUGAUUGCAAACCAUUGCAAACCAAAAAGCCAUCGCGGGACAGUGACACCGAUGGCAGUGACAGCGACGAUGACUCAGACACUGCGUCCGACCUGUCUGCUCGACGGCACCGCAGGUUUGAAAGAACGCUGAAUAUGAACGUUUUCACCUCGGCUGAGGAGCUAGAGCGAGCUCAAAGGCUGGAAGAAAGGGAGCGCAUCAUACGAGAGAUUUGGAUGAAUGGGCAGCCAGAUAUCCCAGGGACCAGGAGCCUAAACCGUUACUACUAAUAGCUGGCCACUGCAACCACCUGGUCCAGCAGUCACAGCAUCCUCUAAACCUGUUGCUACUCAGGGAAGAGGGGAAACUCAAGAGUUCCCAAGGCAAGCUAACCCUAAGCUUUGCCUCCAUUCUCCCCAGGCAAAUUGCCACCCAGCGUUUUGCUCACAGACAUCUACUGCUGUUGCUGGUUUUUUUGGAGCAGAGGGGACAUACCAGACAAAAAACUCACUUUAUAUUGAUUUGAAAGCAUCUAUAUCAUGGAUUUUUUUUACCACAUACCUGGCAAGGAUGAGAUUUGCUUGUAUAUUGUUUUAACAAUCAGGAUCCUACUAGAGGCAGGGCUGUAGCUAGGGGGUUCUGAGGUGCGCCUCCGCCAGAGGCACAGGCAAUUGGGGGGCACAAAAUCGUCUGAAAAAUAUGUCCAUAAAUAUAAAUAUCGAUUAUUGCCUCAUAACAAAUGGUUUUAAAUAUAGGGUGAAUUGAAUGGGGGGGUGGGGUUGGAAGAGAGGAGGGAAGAAGAGCUAAUUUGUCCAUGGCUGGGGGUGCAAUUUGGAUGGUUCUGCCAGGGGCGCAAGAUCACCUGGCUAUGACUCUGCCUAGAGGUGAUUAAAAUACAGUGUUGGUGAAGAGGGAACCGAAGCAAUAAGUCAUGAUAAGGUUUGCAACAUUGGGAAAUUGUGGAAUUAACCCAUGUACAAAAAAACCAAACCUUCAGAACUGAGUAUUCUCACACUAUGAAACUAUCUUGGUGCUUGGAUGCUCAAUAUUCAGUCUUGUUAUUUAAGGCUGUUUCAUAUCUUGCUCUAGUGGCAGCAAUUUUUUAAAAAACUGUUAUCUCAGGGAUAAAAUCCUCAUCCCAAUACAAGUUCCCCCAUCCUUUCCCCCCAUCCAAUAUUUUCCCCAUGGGGGCUUGUUAUUGCAGAAGUUGUCAGUGGUGAGUAAACUGUUAAAAACCUCAAAGGUUGAAAGGAUUUGUGAGCGUUUGUGAGAGUGCGCGCAUGCACACACACACACACACACACACACUGCUGUGCAGUGCCUUACUGAUACUAAACUGUAGUUUUCUUAUUAGCAGUUAUGCAUAAAUAUUUCAUAUACAGUAUUAUAUUCCCCCUUUCCCACCAAAAAUAGUUUUUUUCACAGUUGCAUUGCAGGAAUACAAUGGGAGCAAGAGUGGCUUAAAAAAACCACACAAGGAUGAAUUUACUUGCUUCAAAUUUUUUUUUAAAAAAUAUCAAUCUUCUGUUUCAGGUAAAUGCACUAGAACAUAAAUGAUUUUUGUACAGAUUCCCCAAAACUGCAGACAUUCCAACAUUCCUUAGAUGAAAAUGGGGACAUUUCUCCCUCCCAUUUUUGCUCCCCUCCAGAGCAUUUCCUAUCCGAAGUAAGGCGAGUGCUGUCACCCCUAAGCCAACAGGGCACAGCGCACCUCCAGCGCCCUGAGAAAACCCCUUAAUCUUGAUUUUGCUUUGUUUUAUUCUUUGCUAGAUUUACAACAAGAAAAGCACACACGAAACCUAAAUUUUACAAGGGAGCAAGGCUAGACAUGGAUGAACUAAACAUUUUUUUUUAAAAAAAUCAAGACACUUUGCCACCCAGGGUGGCCCUGCCCUCUGCCUGCCCCUCAGAGCCAGGGCAUUGUGUGGGGCUGGGCCCCUCUGCUGGUGGCGGCAUCCUCUCCUCCUCUUCCUCACCUGCUCUCCAGCAGCCACUACAAGCUGCCCAAGGGUGGAGAGGCCAUGGGGUGCUCCCUUGCAGCCCCCAUCACUCAGGACAAGCGUCGGCUUCUCCUCCUCCCCCAGCUCAGCAGCAGCAGCAGCAGCACUGGAGGGGGGGGAUAGGGACAUUCUGGGAUCAAAUCAGGAGCUGGGUUUUGUAAUUCCAGGGUGGUCCCUGGAAAAUCGAGGCCCUUGGAGGGUAUGAAGUUGCUGCAACUGAGAAAACAGCUGUUUCAUCCUGUUCAUCUGGCCUUAGGGCCUGAACACAACCAAAAUCUUCCUCGGUGGCCCAAGCAUUCCCAGAAGGAACAGCCCAAGCUUUCAGCAGGAUCGGAGCGGGCCUGAUCCUGUAAAAAUGAACUAGGCUCCUUGCUUUUAUAACCGGUUCAAGUCAUUUCUGGUGGAAGUUGUUGGCUGGUUUGCGCACACGGAUCCCUGAUGUGAAACUGCUCAGUGGCCUUAGAUAUAUUAAAGGUGAUAAAAUGUUUUCUGCGUUUCUUAUGUCUACCAGGCAUUAAUAGCCUGACAAGAAUUCCAAGGAGUUAAUAAGGCUUCCUUUCCUUCUUCCCGAACCUACAGUGCUGCUAGUUAACUCUUCUGCUGCACGCAAAUAAAAUUGUACAAAACAAAAACAAAGCCAUUUAACACUGGGUCCUUGGCAUGUGAAGUGUGUGUCAAGGGGCUGACAUUUUCCCUCAGUCCUUCAGAUAGAUGCUCAGCUGUUUCUAAACUUUAAGUUAACUAUUUCUAUAAGUCUGUUCUGCUAGUACUCUUCCUGUAGGUCUAGACAGCUAUGUCUCUCUGUCUUUGUGCCCUUAGAUCACGAACUACCCAUGCAUUUUUGUCUCUGCUCCUGCUGGCGCUUUUUCGUAUGCAGCCUCCACAGCAUCUGGUGACUGCAGAGUCCAACAGGCCUUUGGCCAUCUUAUUUUGUAGUUAAAAGCCUAUGCAACUAAAAUGUCACUCAGCAGUGAUGACUGGUGUCCAUCUGGACGAGAAGAACUGAGGGCAGAGAGCAGGACAGCCAGUGGUAGGUGGAGCUGGCCAUCUUUUGGUACUCCUCUUCCUCCCUUCCAAGGACACGAAGAAAACGUAAGCACCUCAGUCCAAGACCUCAACAACUACUGGAACAGUAUUAUCUUAAAGUAGACUGGUUCAUGUAAACGGCUGUCCUUGCUUGCUGCCUCUGCCGAUUUCUAAACGAGAUAAAAUCUGUGACUGACCUUCCUCUCAGCUCCAGUGUGGCAGGGAGAACCCAGGGACCAAUCAGGAGAUGAGUUGCCAUGGAUCGAUGACCAUGAGGGAAAAAUGGAAAUUAAAUUGUAGAAGAUGACGCUAAAAGAUAUUUAGGAUUAUUUGUUUCUUCGUGUCUACGGGGCAUCCAGAUUUUGUGAAAUUUCCUGGAAUCAAAUGGCAUUAGAGCACAUUUCACAAGCCAUAUUUUGAACUAAGUUAGCACUGUCCGGGCACUCUUCCAGAGUAGAGAGUCCAGGCCUGGGUGAUGGAUUUUUUUCUCCUGUAAACCUGCUAAUGUUCUUUUGCUAAGAAUGGUCUCUUAGGUUCUCUUUCUAAGUUCCCUGCUGACAAGUAGGGCUGCUAUUAUUCCUGUUUUCUUACUUGAAUUAAAUAUAUUUCAGCGAAUUCUUGUCCCAUAUUCCCAUGACUCAUGAAAUACAGCUUUAAAAAACAACAACUUGCUUUGCUAUAUAUUUACCUCCCCACAAAGGGCUCACCCAGACUUCACUUGUGGCACUGCUUCCCCCUGGGAAAACCUGCUACUUCCUGCUGAAUUGGAGUAAACAUCAAUCAGAUUUUCUGUGCAUUGUCGUUUGCUCCGAUUCCACGCUAAAGAGCGGGUUUUCCUGGGGAAAGCAGUGUGGCAAAUGCGAACCCACUGGGACCUGUUCUUUCUAGGCACGGGUCAAGUGGAAAGUGGACGAGCCCAAAGUCUUUUUCUUCUCCCUUUAAGUGCUAAACAAUGUUUUUAUUUUCAUGUAUUAAAAAAGUGGUUUUCUCUUUCUCUCCCCAGUGUUUUAAAUGUUUUUCUUCUCCCUCUCUCAGAAAGUGGGAAAUUGCUCCUUAAAAAAAAAAGUUUUUAAAAUUAAGUUUGACAUUUUAAUCAACAUAAUCUAUCAACAUAAAUCACACAAAGCAAUAAACAUACAUCCCCUUUCCCCCCACCCAGGAACUUCCCUCAACCUCCCCUUUUGGAUCUUUAAAAAAUAUUUUCUCAUUCUGCAUAUUUUAAAAUACCGGUAUCUUAAUAACAUUCUCCUUUGCCUAAAUCCUCUAUUUUUUCCAAAUUUUAUACCAAACCAUUAAAAUCCCAUAUUCUACCUAUUUGUUUUCAAAUCAUUCUUCUACAUCUUUCACAUUCUAUUUUACUCAAACCCUGCUAAUGAGCCUUU